GUUUCCCGAGGAUCCGUGAUCGAACUUCACACUACAUUGACGAGCAAUGGCCCAUGGAUGCAUUUGUGUUCGCAUUGAACGCUGCUCGACUUCAAGAGGACCUUAGGAUGACUCAGGAGUUGUGAAAGAGUUUUGGACGUGUGUCUUAUGCUCAGGCUGUGCUUCCUAUGUGUUGUUCACCUCGUUCUGACUCAUCACCGUCCACCGUGUGCACGCCGACACUUUGUGACCGUGCUGCGCAGAGUCUGCGCUACGAGCACGUCGUCGAUGAACGUUCAAGACUCGCUUUUCAAACCCGCUUUGUCUUCACGUUGUCAACGUUGUCAGACGUAUGAGACAAACUAUACAUCUUACAGCUGAUCCUCAAGGAAGGAUAACGAGUCCUAGACGUCUUCGUCCCGCUGUUCAGGAGUGCUAGGAAGUGUCCCCGGUAGUACGCAUCGGCCAAUAGCAUCAGACAUCUAGAUACGAGUCCGAUUUUCCCGUGCUGCUGUUACUGCGGUAUCAGGCAAACAGAGAGGCGGCUUGUGUAGUGGUUCGCGAGAUGUGGUCCAGUGUAGCCUGACGCCGCCUCAGCGGACUCGAGUUGUCAGGUCAAGGUGCGUAACGCCCG